UUAUUUAUUUAUUUUUCAUUUUCAUUAUUCUAAAUAUUGUCUGCAACGCCUCUUCCGCAAUAAUUGGAUUCUCCCCCGCCCCGCUCUCCUCUCGCUCGCUCUGCUGCGUCGUCGUAUGAUUUCUCUGAAUAUGGAUGGGGCAAUCCAAGAGGGUAGUAGUGUGGAUUCAUUCUUGCGGAACUAUAAGCUUGGCAAGACACUGGGAAUUGGAUCGUUUGGUAAAGUUAAAAUUGCAGAACAUGCAUUGACAGGCCACAAGGUUGCUGUCAAGAUCCUUAACCGCAAGAAAAUAAAGAACAUGGAUAUGGAAGAGAAAGUAAGAAGGGAAAUCAAAAUUCUCAGAUUGUUUAUGCAUCCGCAUAUUAUUCGUCUCUAUGAAGUUGUCGAGACGCAGUCUGAUAUUUAUGUGGUGAUGGAAUAUGUGAAGUCUGGUGAGUUGUUUGACUAUAUUGUGGAGAAGGGCAGGCUGCAUGAGGAAGAGGCCCGCAACUUCUUUCAGCAGAUUAUAUCUGGAGUGGAGUACUGCCACAGAAAUAUGGUGGUUCAUAGAGAUCUGAAGCCUGAAAACCUGCUGUUGGAUUCAAAGUGCAAUGUGAAGAUUGCUGAUUUUGGUUUGAGCAAUAUUAUGCGUGACGGUCAUUUCCUGAAGACAAGCUGUGGAAGUCCCAACUAUGCUGCUCCAGAGGUUAUAUCUGGGAAACUAUAUGCUGGCCCUGAAGUCGACGUGUGGAGCUGUGGUGUUAUUCUCUAUGCACUCCUUUGUGGCACCCUUCCAUUUGAUGAUGAGAACAUUCCUAACCUUUUCAAAAAGAUUAAGGGUGGAAUUUAUACACUUCCAAGCCAUUUAUCUGCUGGUGCUAGAGAUCUCAUUCCGAGGAUGCUUAUAGUUGAUCCUAUGAAGCGGAUGACUAUUCCUGAGAUACGUGCUCAUCCCUGGUUUCAAGCUCAUCUCCCGCGCUAUUUGGCUGUGCCACCACCGGAUACAGCUCAACAGGCAAAAAAGAUUGAUGAAGAGAUUCUCCAAGAAGUUGUUAAGAUGGGUUUUGAUCGGAAUGGACUUGUCGAUUCGCUGCGAAGCAGGGUUCAGAAUGAGGGGACUGUUACGUACUAUUUGUUGCUAGACAACCGGUUCCGUGUUUCUAGUGGCUACCUUGGAUCUGAAUUUCAGGAGAACAUGGAAUAUGGAUACAAUCGGAUGAAUCCUAAUGAGACUAUAGCAUCUCCUGUUGGGCGGGCAAUAGAUUAUCCACAAUUUGGGGGGAGCAGGUAUCCGGUUGAUCGGAAAUGGGCACUUGGACUCCAGUCGCGAGCCCAUCCUCGAGAGAUAAUGACAGAAGUUCUGAAAGCGUUGCAAGAACUGAACGUUUACUGGAAAAAGAUCGGGCAGUACAACAUGAAAUGCAGAUGGGUCCCGGGCAGCCCAGGGCGUAGAGAAGGCAUGCUGGAUGCUGGCAACUAUUUUGGAGAUGAGUCUGCGAUAGCCAUUGUGGAGAACGACAGCAACUCCAGGCCACAGAACGUGAUCAAAUUCGAAGUGCAGCUAUACAAAACCCGGGAAGACAAGUAUCUGCUGGAUCUGCAGCGGGUGCAGGGGCCGCAGUUCCUGUUUCUUGACCUGUGCGCGGCAUUCCUUGCGCAGCUUCGCGUCCUCUGAAGAGGGAGGGAGCAUCGAAAGUUGAUGAUGCUAUGCUAUGCUAUGGUGUAUAUAUCAUUGUUACCAGCUCGGCUGAGCCUCCGUCAUCAUCAUUGUUGUCGCCGGAGUCCAAAUCCUGAUCUGAGAUCAAUGUAGUAGGAUGGAUCAUCUCAUGUCAAACCAAACCAAACCCAGUUAGGCUAGAUGUCUUUGAUUGAUGUCGGCUUUUUCGGGGGUUUUAGACCAUCUCUUUUUUUUUUUUUUUUUUUUGGCCUUUAUUCUUCUUCUUCUAAUUUGGCAUAAUCAUAAUUUAUGCGUCAGGAAUUGAGUAGUGAGUGAGUGAGUGAGGGUGUUCGUUCAUUCAAGUUCAACUCUUCAAAUUCUGAUACUUAACCACAGUUAAGGAUGGAUGAUAUUAUUCACUGAACAACUCUCUCUCUCUCUCUCUCUCUCUGGUUUGUCUUUGUUAAGGGCUGGUUUGGUACGGGAUACCGAAACUUAUAUAGUAUAUUGCUUAACGUAUUAAAA